ACCUCUCCUCCCCUCCCCGUUUAUCUAAUCUAAUUUACUACUCUAUUUAUUUUUCUUUCCUGCCCUUGAUAUUUAUCUCUCUCUCCUGUUUCUGUUUUUCCUUCUGCUCCAAUCCCUACCUGCAUUUGCAUUUGCAUUUGCUCUUGCUCCAAAAUUCUCUCUUUCCUCCGCUGCUCCCUAGCCUUUGUUUGAUCUGAUGAUCCAACCAUACUCCAAGAUCUGAAGGCAGGGAGGGACUGCGAAGAAUCGCUCCGCAAUGAGGCCGGAGACGCGGCUUGAUUCAGCGGUGUUCCAGCUCACCCCAACUCGCACAAGGUGUGAUUUAGUCGUGAUAGCAAAUGGACAAAAGGAGAAGAUAGCCUCUGGUUUGCUCAACCCUUUCGUCGCACAUCUCAAGGAUGCACAAGAACAGAUUGCAAAAGGAGGGUACUCCAUCACACUUGAGGCAGAGCCAGAGAUUGAUGCACCAUGGUUUACAAGGGGCACCGUGGAAAGGUUUGUCCGUUUUGUAAGUACACCGGAGGUCCUUGAACGAGUAACGACUAUAGAGUCUGAGAUAUUGCAGAUUGAGGAUGCCAUCAAUGUUCAGAGAAGUGACAAUCUUGGCUUGAGAUCUGUAGAAGAUUAUAAUGAAAAAUUGAUGGAAUGUAUUGGAGAUAGCAAGACAAAUUAUGAUCCUGAUGUGGAUAAAGCACUUGUUCUGUACAAGCCGGGCAUGCAACCACCUCCACCUGUGCAAAACGACAAUACAACUCAGGAGGAGAAUUCAAAAGUUCAAUUGCUUAGAGUGCUUGAGACUCGCAAAACUGUGUUACGUAAGGAGCAGGCUAUGGCCUUUGCUCGUGCUGUAGCGGCUGGGUUUAAUAUCGACAACCUGGGAUAUUUGAUCACAUUCGCAAACCGCUUUGGUGCUUCCCGUUUGAUGAAGGCAUGCACACAGUUCACUGAGUUGUGGAGAAGAAAGCAUGAAACUGGUCAAUGGAUUGAAGUUGAACCUGAAGCAAUGUCUGCACGGUCUGAAUUUCCUCCCUUUAACGCUUCUGGAAUUAUGUUUAUGGGAGACAACAUGAAGCAAAACCUGGAAACACUUUCUGUUUCUAACGGAGAUGCAAAUGGUGAAGAUGCUGCUAAAGCUGAUCAGAGGACAGCUCACCACUCAGGAGCUCCCAGUGAGUACCUCCAUGGUCCAUAUCAAUCAGCAUAUCCACCAUGGGCAAUUCAUCCGACGUACCCCAUGCAAGGCAUGCCUUACUACCCUGGGGUGAACCCAUAUUACCCUCCACCUUACCCCUUAAUGGAUGAUCCUAGGUACCACCACUCAGAUAGGAGAGUAUCAAGGAAGCAUUCUUCAGAUAGCAAGGACUCAGAAACAAUGGAUGAUGAAAGCGGCCAGAGUGGUUCAGAGAUGGAGAUCUCUCAUGUCCACAAGUUGCAUAAAAGGGGCAAGCGAUCAGGCAAGAAGAAACCCAGUGUACUUGUCAUUAGGAACAUCAAUGUGACGUCAAAAAGGCAUGGCUCAUCUGAGAGUGAGUCACAAACAGGUUCUGAUGUAGAAUCUGAGGGCAGUGAUGGUUCACACGCUAAAUAUAGCAAGAGAAAGCAUAAGAGCUCUAGUUCAAAGAAAAAAGAGAGCAGAAAAACCAUUCUUGAGCCUGGAGAUGAGUAUAGUAAGGAUGAAGCAUCUCAUAUGCAACAUGGAGACCAAGGAAACUGGAAUGCCUUCCAGAGUUUCUUGCUAAGAGCUGAAGAGAAUACAAAAGAUAAUGAUGCAGACCUAUUUGCUAAUGAGAGAGAACCACCACCAGCAAGGAGGAAAGAAAGCAGAACCACUGACGAUCCUCUUCUUUUAGCAGAACGAGAUUCUGCCGAUGUUGAUAUAGGGAAGACAUUUGGUUUCGAUUCAUCCCAUGGGAGGAUUAGGCCCAGGAGAAUGCUGUCUGGUGAUGAACUUAUGAUCUCUGCUGAAGGUAGGAGCUUUGUGGAUGAUGAUAUUAAGGAGAUAGAAGCUGGAGAUGUAGGAUACAGGAGAGGAGCAAGUGAUGACUUCAUGGUUUAUGGGCAGGAAAAGCCAACGGACAGUGGGUGUUAUUUAGACCCUCUUGCAGAAGCACAGUACAAGAGUCCAACCCUGAUAGAAAAGAGCAUGAAUAGUGUAGCUGAUGAGUCCUUUAUGAUACCUGUUAGGUCUAACACACAGGAUAAUCUUGGACCAGAAAGCUGUACCACCAUUGAUAUAGAUGUUGAGUUUCCUGGGGCUGUUCAGACAUCAGAAGCAAAGGCUGGAGCCCAACUUUUCUAUGAACCCGAUGAGUUGAUGCCAGAGCGUGAAGAUGUUACAUAUGGAUAUGAUCCUGCAAUGGACUAUGAUAGCCAGAUGCAGAUUCAACCUGCCAUCAUGGUUGAAGAUGCAAAUGCGGAAGACGUAUCCCUAGGGGUUGAGGGUGAAGUAAAGAAGCUAGAGAAAGAUAAGAAGAUUAGAAGUUCACAGGAAAGUUUGGAUAAAAGGAAGGGUGCUUCGGCCAGGAGAUUGCCAUCAUCAAAAACCUGGUUAACAGAUGCACAGAAACGUGCGCAAAACCUGCGGGCAUAUAAAGCAGACCUUCAAAAAGCAAAGAAAGAGCAGGAAGAGGAACAGAUUAAACGGCUGGAACGGCUUAAGCAAGAGAGGCAAAAGAGGAUUGCCUCAAGAAGCAGCACUUCUAAUUCAAUAUCAACACCACAGCAGGCUAAAGUGAAACCUUCACGAAAGAUUUCUCCCAGUAACAACAAGAGUUCAAAGUUUAGUGAUGCUGAACCAGGAUCCUUUUCACCUCUAAGAAAGCUUCCUGCUAGAACUACCCCAGAGAGUGAUCAUCAGAAAACUGGAAAAGCUAGCAAACUAAACGAUAGUGGUACAAAUGCAGUCAGUAAAUCGACCUCAUUGUUAGCAGAGAUGAAGAAAGAGAAAAAUGAAUUGUCCAGUGAGCGACUGAAAAAACUUGCUGAACCUAAAAGCAAUGCUUUGACUGACCGCCAUUUGAUUUCAAAGUCUGCUAAUGUGGACCAUUCACGGAGGAGAAGCAUGCCAGAAGAUACCCAAACAAAGAAAAUAUCUGCUAUUAUGCAGCUAGACCAGAGGAAAUCAGCAACUUUACCAGAACUCAAAGUCAAAUCUCCACGAGCUCCCUCUAUUUCUGUGAAAAACAAGACAGUCGUUAAAGAAACAAGGGAUGGGGAACCUGUAGGUAAAGCACCUCCCACUUCAGAAGUUACAGAUGAAAAAAAAACUAAUGGAGAAGUUUCGAGGAUAAGCAACAGUGAUGAUAAUGUGGUGGUUGAGAAGACUGUUGUUAUUCUUGAAAAUGAGGUGGUUUCGGUGCCGCCUGUCACUCUACCUCCUGGAACAACUACAGAGAAUGAAACUUCUAGCAGUGACAGAACACAGAACCCCAGUCUGGAAUUGGAGUACACGGCCAUCAGGGCUCCACCUUCUCCAGCUGUUCUUCCUGAAGCUGAGAACCCCACCAUCCAUAGAGAUGAUGACCAGGGUAACUCUUACGAGGUGAUGACUGAGCAUCGGAAGGAUGAGACUAAGGAAUUACCCUUGGCUGAUGUGGAGAAACCCUACCAAGCCCCUUUUGCUAGGGUGACAUCACUGGAGAAUGAUUCAAGCAUCACCCAUGCGCUACCAGUGCAAGAAUCUGAAACAUUUGUGCGUGCAGAGAGCAUUAGGGCUCGAGUGCCAGACCCGGUAUACACAGUUUCCAUGGAGGAGACCCAUGAAGCAAAUGAAAAACCUCGUAAUAAAGAAUCAAAAGGCUUCAGGAAACUUUUGAAGUUUGGCAGGAAGAGCCACACAUCAGGUGCAAUGGAUUCUGAUGCAUCCAUUGACGGAGCCAUAACUGGAGAUGGGUCAAUGCUGAAAACCCUCAUUUCGCAAGAUGAUUCUGGCUCUUCAUCUAAAGCUUCUAGGUCAUUCUCCCUACUGUCACCGUUCCGCAGGCAGAAGGUGAUUGUACUGUGACCGUGAGGACUCAAUCGGAGGAUGAAUUAAUGGCUCGCUGAUCCUAUCUUCUGUCAUGUUAAUGCAGUUUGUGCAUUAACUAAUUUGCUUCUUAAUUAGUAGUACAUAAGACAUGCUAGUAGUACACACAUAUACUAUUGCCUACCUGUGUACGUCGUUUCUAAGCUGUGUGUAUGGAGUUUAGUGUAUAUGUGCUUGUCUGUAUAUGUACGUACUGUUGGUAUGCAUGUGUAUAAGUUACACACAAGUACAAUAACACAUUCGUUAUUUUUGUUGAUCGAU